UUUAACACGAACAUAGAUAUAUUUAUGUACGUGUAUUGAAUUUCAGUUUCUAUUUCUCUAUAGAUCGAAUACUUUAUUAUUUUAAAAAUGAGAGAAAAAUUUAUUUAUUUCUCAUUUAUGAUUUCAUUCGUAAUAUUUUUGCUUUGGACAAGUCCUGUGAAAGCUAAAGGAACACAACAUGUGACAUGCGGUUCUACAUUAAAAUUAAUGAAUGUAAAUUAUAAAGUAAGAUUACAUUCUCAUGAUAUAAAAUAUGGAAGUGGUAGUGGUCAACAAUCUGUAACAGGGACUUCAGCUAAAGAAGAUGGAAAUUCUUAUUGGCUCGUAAAAGCAGGAACAAAGAAACAAUGUACCAGAGGAAUACCAAUUAAAUGUGGAGAUAUUAUAAGAUUAGAACAUAUAGCAACAAAAAAAAAUCUACAUUCCCAUCGUGUCAGUUCACCACUUAGUGGUAAACAAGAAAUAUCUGCUUAUGGAGAUAAUAAAGGGGAAGGUGAUAAUGGUGAUAAUUGGCUUUUAAUAUGUCAGACUGAAUUUUGGAGAAGAGAUGAAUCAAUUAUGUUGAAACAUGUAGAUACAGAUACAUAUUUAGCAGUAAGUGGAAGAGUUUAUGGUAAUCCCAUUACUGGACAAACUGAAGUGGUAGGCGAAUAUUCCUCUAAUUCUCCUCACAUUGAAUGGAUGACAACAGAAGGAGUAUUUAUUCAUCCUAAUGAUUUUAAAGCUCAACAUCAUAUUCAUACAGAAUUAUAAAAUAAAUUUUUUAAUAUAAUAUAAAAUUUUUUCUUGAUAAUAAUAAUGACAAUUAUAACAAAUGAAUUAAAAGUUAUAUAAAUAUUUUAUUAAUUUAUUUUUUUUUCAUUAUCUUCAAAUCAAUGUCUAAUGUUUUAUAUUUUUGUAAAAAAAAAUUUUUAAUUGUAUAUUAUUAAAAAAUUAUUAUUAUUUUCUAGGCCAAAUAAAAUGUUUUUUGUUAUUUUUGUUAUAAUCUUCAUUAUAUGUGUGAAUCUCGUAAUGGAAAAUAUUAUAAUAUUAUAUUUAUAAAAAUUUAUGAAGAGUUAUGCAGUGAUUUAUGAUUCAUACAGAAGUAUAAAUAUGUAAAUGUAUUAGAUGUAUAUGAUAUUUAUUAUAAUAUAAUUUACAUAAUUGAAAAAUGUAUUUUACUGUAUAUACAUUUUUUAUGUGAAAAGUGCAUAAAUAUAUUUUUUUAUUUGUCUUAAUAAA